CCCCAAUUUCCGAAUCCCUAUAAACCUUGCUGGCUCAACUCCCCAUUCUAGGGUUUCUGAUUCUCUCAUGGCCUUGAUUCUCCUCCAUCUCCAAAGCUCAUACAAGGAUGCAGGGUUUUAGAGAUUGGGUUCUUUCUCAGCUGGUAUCCAAGUCUGUGGUCUCGCCGUUAUCAGGAAGUGAUAGUUUCUUCAGUGUGGGGCGUUCGACUAAUGAAGUGCUUACUGACCAAGGUGCUUCUGAUUCUACCACUUUGGUAGCCCCGCCCGUCCCAAAUGAAGCUUCCAACUCGUUGAAUAGGGAUCAGGAAUAUCAGUCUAGCCCUUCCCCACAGCAUGUUGUAGUUGAAAAUUCUGAUCAAUCACAUGGUGGCUCUGUUAAGAAAAAGAAGGAUCCUUUGGCAAAAAUUGAUGAUCUGCAAGCCAAAUUCUUGCAACUCCUCCGGCAGCUUGGUCUAUCAAAAGACAACCUCAUGGUGGCAAAGGUUCUUUAUCGAAUUCACCUAGCAACUGUGAUACGAGCAGAAAAGUCGGAUUUGAAAGGAGUUAAUCUCAGAGGUGACGGAAACAGAGUGAUGACAGCAGAACAAGAAGCAGCUGGCCCUCCUGAUUUGGAUUUUUCUUUGAGAAUCCUUGUCCUUGGGAAAACAGGAGUGGGGAAGAGUGCUACAAUUAAUUCUAUAUUUGAUCAAACAAAAGCGGUAACCAAUGCUUUUCGACCCGGCACAAAGCACAUUCGGGAGGUUGUGGGAACUGUGAAUGGGAUUACAGUAACUGUCAUUGAUACCCCUGGUUUUUUGCCAGGGGUAUGUACAAGUAACUUGUGCCGAAAUAAGAAGAUUAUGCUCUCUGUAAAGAGAUUUAUUAGAAAAAGUCCUCCUGACAUUGUUUUGUUCUUCGAGCGCCUUGAUCUCAUUGAUAAAAGCUAUAGUGAUCUCCCCCUUUUAAGGCUAAUUACUGAAGUUUUUGGGCGCACAAUUUGGUUUAGCACCAUUCUUGUUAUGACUCAUUCUUCCUCAGCCCUUCCAGAUGGACCAGACGGGUACCCUAUCAGCUAUGAAGCACAUGCAAGGCGAAGCACAGAUAUGGUGCAGCACUAUAUACAUCAGGCGGUGUCAGACUCCAGACUUGAAAACCCAGUACUUUUUGUUGAGAAUCAUUCUCAUUGCAAGACAAAUUUCAUGGGGGAAAAGAUACUUCCAAAUGGUCAGGUUUGGAAAUCUCAGUUUUUGUUACUAUGCAUUUGUACAAAAGUUCUAGGUGAUGUUAAUUCCCUCUUGAAAUUUAACGACAGCAUAGAACUGGGUCCCCCGGCUGCCGCCUAUGUGCCGUCUCUUCCCCAUCUCCUCUCAUCUCUUCUACAUCAUCCUAUUGUUCCAAGCGGAGUGGAAACUGAAGUAGAUGACAGCUUGUUUUCAGACAUGGAGGAAGAAGAUGAGUAUGAUCAAUUACCUGCAAUCCGAAUCCUGACAAAAGCCCAGUUUAAGAGGUUGACAAAAUCACAGAAAACAGACUAUCUCAAUGAAUUGGAUUACCGGGAGACCCUUUUUCUGAAGAAACAGUUGAAAGAAGAGUACCGUAGGCAGAUGGAAAGUAAGCUUUCCAAUGAAAAAAAUUUGGCAAGUGAUGAUAACUCUGAGAGUCAGCAGGUCUCACCAGAGGAGGCUGUUUUAUUACCAGAUAUGGAGAUCCCUUUAAGUUUUGGCUGUAAUCACCCUGCACACAGAUACCGUUGCCUUGUUGCAAGUGAUCAGUGGAUUGUGAGACCUGUUCUUGAUCCCCAGGGAUGGGAUAAUGAUGUGGGCUUUGAUGGUAUAAGCUUGGAAUCAGCUGCUCGAAUAAAUAAGGAACUCUUUACCUCUGUCAUGGGGCAGAUGAGCAAGGAUAAGCAGGAUUUUAGCAUUCAAUCAGAGUGUGCUGCAGCUUACACAAACUCCAGGGGAACUGUACAUUCUGUAGGUCUUGAUGUUCAAUCUGCCGGUAAAGAUACCAUCUAUACUUUUCACAGCAACAAGAAGCGAGCAAAUCAGAAGAAGCUGUGGGAGGAUGUCUUUGAUGGUGGAGUCUCUUUGACAUCUUUUGGGAACAAGUAUUACUUUGGUGCCAAGCUUGAAGAAACGGUUUCAAUUGGGAAGAGGUUGAAGUUUCUAGUGAAUGCAGGCCAAAUGAUGAAUGUAAGCAAAUUGAAGGUGGAUCGUGAACAAGUCGCAUAUGGUGGCUCUCUGGAAACUACUUUACGAGGUAGAGACUACCCGGUGAGAAAUGACUUUGUCACCCUGACAAUGUCAAUCCUUGCUUUCAAUAAAGAUAUGGUGUUGGGUGGAAAUUUACGGUCUGAGUCCCGGCUGGGCCGAAAUUUCAAGUUCUCAGUUAAUGCUAAUCUAAAUAGCCGCAGGAUGGGGAAGUUAAGCAUAAAGACAAGCAGCAGUGAUAGUCUGCCGUUUGGUCUGGUUGCUGCUGUCACAAUUUUUUGGACCCUCCUACGGAGAAAGGGCGUUGCAAAUUCAAGUAAUGAAUCAGGGGAAACUGAAUUAGGGGAGACUGGAUAAGUUUUGUCACCAUCUCUUUCUUCCUUUUGGAAGAUUACAACAUCAGAACUGUAGCACAGAAAUGCUCACAAGCCAUAUCUAUUUUUUGGCCAUUGUAGGCAGAGGUUAUAUGUACUCAGAGCAGGAUAUUGAGGCAGCGAAGUGUAUAGUUACAACCGUUUUUGUGGCAACAAAAUAAGCUAAAUAGAAGUAGGAGGUAACCAGUUUGGUUCAUGUUUCUCAAC